GAGAGGAAGAAGAGGAGGCGGUGGAGUGAAAGAAAAAGAGAGCUGCAAGAAAGAAGCAAAAGAAAGAAAGGAAGAAAGAGAGAAUCAAAAGAGGAAGAAAGAAACCGCAAAAAGAAGGAAGACGCCUCUCUGACUUCGAGCUUGAUCGACUCUGAAGAGCAAUUGAAAAAAGGGUGUGUGUUGACUGACAGACGUUCCAGCCAGACUGACACACGCGGCAUCGUGACUGCUACAUGGUCACCGUGACAAUCACUCAGCUGCCACGGUAAGCAGCAGGUCACUAGCAGCUAACCAUACUGGCAGUUUCCGACACACCAAGAAAUGAACGCCAUGCGGGCAAGCGAUGCCUCACGUCCCUGAGGACCUCGCUGCCUCACGAGGACUCCGCGCCCCCCCGAGGACCUUGUAACCCCAGAGGACCCGCCCAUGGACCGCCUCAAGCCCCUCCCACUCCUGCUCCUAUUGGUGACGUUCUGUCGAUGUCAAUUUGACGCCUGUCGCUCCAAGGUGGAUCCGGGCUGGGAAGCGGGGCCCGUAUGGGAGGAUUCCGCCUGCCAGCCGCCGCCCGCUAACAUGAAAGAAGCCAUGCAGAUACGAGUUGAUCCACCGGGGGUCACCUGCGGGAACCCCCCGGAACGAUUCUGCACUCUGGAGAACCCGUACUUGUGCAGCGAUGAGUGCGACGCGUCCAGUCCGGAUUUGUCUCACCCGCCUCAGCUGAUGGGGGACCGGGAAAGGGGCGGGCUCAUCACGUACUGGCAGACGGUCACGUGGUCCAAGUAUCCCGAGCCGCUACUGGCCAACAUCACGCUGUCCUGGAACAAAAGUCUGGAGGUGGUGGACGACCUGGUGGUCAGCUUUGAAUACGGACGCCCCACCAGCAUGGUGUUCGAGAAGUCCACGGACAAAGGGCUGACGUGGCAGCCGUACCAGUUCUAUGCCGACGACUGCAUGGAGACGUUUGGCAUGCCGCCCAAGCGAGUGUCUGACUUGGCGCCCAGCAACGUGACCAGGGUCAUCUGCACAGAGCAGUACUCCAGAUGGGUGGGCGCCAAGGAGGAGAAGACGGUGGUAUUUGAGGUGGGAGCUCGCUUACGAGUGUUUGCGGGCCCCAAACUCCUGAACAUGGACGCGUUGUACACGCGGCUGCAGAGCAGCAAAGCUCUGCGAGACUUCUUCACCUUCACCAACCUUCGCCUUAGACUCCUGCGACCGGCUCUCGGCGGGACUUAUGUCCAGAGAGAUAACCUGCUCAAAUACUUCUAUGCCAUCUCCAACAUCGACGUACCUGCCAGGUGUAAAUGUAACCUGCACGCAUCUCGUUGUGCGCUACGUGAUGCCACGCUGAUGUGUGACUGUGAACACAACACAAGCGGACAAGACUGCCAACGUUGCAACGCCGGGUUUGAGUCCCGCAACUGGAUGCCCGGAAGCUUCCUGCCUCUAUCCAGAGGCACCGCCAACGCUUGUGAAGCGGCAGAAACAACAACCAUGGCUGAUGACUCUGACAGAAGUUCUGCUUCAACACGUGGAAUCAUUGACACUUAUUCGACUUCCACUAUUGACACUUCUACUUCUUCUAGUUUUAUGACUUUGACUUUUGAUACUACAACCGACGUUAGUAGUACUUGGACUGCUUCAACAAUUGCAACGAUCACUUCUUUGGACACGUCUGAGUCUUUCUCUACCUCUCCUAUGGACUCUUCUACUUCUAGUUUUACUACUAGGAAUUUUGGUACGUCUGCUGACCUUAGUGGUUCGUGGACUACUUCCACUUUUGAAACUAUUACGUCAAUGGAAACAACCGAUACUUUCUCUAUUUCAACUUCUAUUGACUUGUCUUCUAGUUCUACUUGGACUGCAGGUGGUUCUGCUGUUCAAAUGUCUAGCUCUUCCAGCUCAGGAGCUGACAGCUUUAUGACUGACAGUUUUAUGAUUUACAGUUCUGCGACAGACAGUUUUACACCUAACUCUGUCACAGUUUUGACAGAGUACAACAAUAUGAGGUCUUCUACUAUUCCGGACUCCGUAGGUCUAAAGUGGGGAAGCGGUGACUCAGCAUCAGCAGGGGGUGCUAGCGUUCCUCCGGCGGUUCCUGCUGUUGGCACCUCAGGUGUCCGUCUGCGUUUAGACAUUAGCGGUCCAAUGGUACCAAGUGGCACUAGGGUGACCUCAAACAUCAACGCUGACUCUCAGGUGUCUAUUUCUGACCCAGUGACUCUGCCCCCUGACAAGACCGACUUUGUCCCCUUGUGGACGUCCACCAGCAGCUUCUCACCUUCAAGCUCAAGUUUCUGGAUGUCAGAAGUAAUUCCAUCCGAUGGCACGGUCCUUUCCAGAGAUACUCCAACUCCUCAGACAUCUACUGCUGGAGAUCCUGAAUUGACACCGGGAACUUCUAAUGGACCUCCUCCCGAAGGAUCUCCUACUGAUGACCUGCUCCCCAUUGAAGCUUCUGAAGGACUUCUUCCUGAUACUUCUCCCGAUAAUGUAACUCCCACUCCCAAUGGACUUCUUCCUGACAGACCUUCUGAUCUACUCUCCACUAAUGUACCUCCUCUCGACAAAACCGUACUUGAGAUACCGACCCCUGAUGUAGCCUCUCUUGAUGUCCCUCCAGAAACCAAGUCCACCAAGAUAAAUGUUCCACCUGCCGAUGUAGUUCCACCUGAUAGUCCGCUUGCCAAGCAACCUCCUCGUGAAGAUGCAACGCCCCCUGAACGAGACAGUUUGGAUCAAAUUGUACCGUCUGACAGAUCUCCUCCAGACACAACUUUCUCUGAAGCAGCUCCUGUGGAUGGAACGCAAAGUGAUAGAACACAGCUGAAAAGAUUUCCGCCAAAUUCACCUCCUGAUGCAACUUCUUCUGAUAGAGCUCCUCCUGACAGGCCCUCUUCUGAUGUAACUCCUUCGUUGGUUGAACCUUCUUCUGAAGUACUUCCUACUGAGGUGCGCUCCCCAGCUCCUGAUGCUGCUCUGAACAUACCUCCUUCGCAAAUUGGAGAAAUUGUACAGGACAAACAGCCAAUUGCAGCAGAUUGGUCAGAGCCUACUGCAGACUUGGCCCCAGUAGACUUCACCUUCCCUUUUUCAGAAGAUCAGGAUUCCACUGGACUAGGAACAGAAGACUCCAGUCUAGAUGCUGGAUUAGAUUCUGUUGAUUCAGAUUUCACUGGCCCUGAAACACCACCUGAAACAGAACGUUCAAAUCAGUAUUCUGGAUCAGAUUCAGUUGACCCUGAUUCCACUCGACCCGGAACACCUCCUAAAACAGAAGAUUCAAGUCCAGAUUGGGGAUUUGAGACAGUAGAUCAGGAUUCCAAUGGCCCUGGAACACGUCCUGGAACAGAAGACUCUAAUCCAGAUUCUGGUUUGAAUUCAUUCGAUCGGGAUUCAACUGCACCAUCGACACCUCUUAAAAUAGAAAGUUCCAAUCCGGAUUCUGGAUCAGAUUCAGUUGAACGUCGUUUGGAUUCCAAAACAGGCCAAACAAGAGCUGAAAGCCGUCAGGAACCUGAAUCACAGUCUUCGGACUCUAGCCCUAAAAUUCCUGAGCAGAAAUCAAGACCUGAUUCUCCUGAAAGAUUUGACGAAGCAAGAGAGGAUUCUUCUUUGGCAACUCAGCAAGGAGAGCAAGAGUCAGAAAAAUGGAGAAAAGAGGAGAAAACCAGUGAAAAAGCUGUGGAGUCGGAAGAAAAAGAAGGUUUGAAGGAAGGAGAGGAGAAAAAGAAGAAAGAAGAGAAGGCAAAGAAAGAGUUAGAAGAGAAGAAAGUAAAAGAGAAGGAAGACGAAAAAGAUAAUGAAGAGAAAGCGAAGAGAGACGAGAAAGAGGAAAAAGGCUAUGAGAAAAAAGCGACUCAGAAGAUUUUGAUACCCGGCAGUGCGACGAGCAGCAAACUUUCCAAAAUCGCCUACGUCACCUUCCAGGAGUGCGAGUGCAACGGCCACUCGAACCGCUGCAGCUUCAUGGACUUCCUCAACGUGGUGACGUGCGUGAGCUGCAAACACAACACCAGAGGGCACCGCUGCCAACACUGUCGUCUCGGUUACUAUAGGAACGACAAGCUGCCGCUCGAUCACCAGGAUGUUUGUGUGGAGUGCGAGUGCGACGCCGUCGGCAGCCGGUCCGGGCACUGCGCCGCCUUGGGGGCGUGUCAGUGCAGGCAGGGCGCCACCGGGAGGCGCUGUGACCAAUGUCUGCCGGGAUACACCCGGAGAGGAGGUGGGGUCGGCUGCACAGCCAACGUGUGCGAUGAGGCUCAGUCGUGUCAGAAUGGCGGCACGUGUGUGGACUUCCUGCGCUGCGAGUGUGCCGACAACUUUGCGGGUGUGUACUGCGAGCAGCGCGUGUGUCUGAAGAACAGCGGUUGCCUUGACGACAACACAAGCGCCGCCUCGCCACCGGUGACCUCACGGCUCCGCCUCCCGCUGGCCCUCAGCCUGAUCGCCGCCGCCGCCUUAUGAUUUCGGCGAUGUCAGAAUUCCGUGACGCGGCGUAACCGAGCCUGCGGGCGGCAUGACUGUUGUUGACAUUUUCUAUUAGCUGUUGACUUUUUUGUUGACUGUCAGUGAUAUUUUUUGGGACUGUUGACUUUUUUUUGGACUGUUGUUGACAUUUUAUGGGACUGUUGACUUUAAGCUGUUUAUUGUCAUUCACAGUUGAAGUUUACAGUCAAACUAAACAAAACUCAGAGAAUUAUAACUUGUGUAUUUAAACAACCACAUAAAUUUGCCUUAGGAAACGCUGCCAGCUUAAUGCUAACACCGUAGACGGGCUAACAAACAGCAUCUCUGGUGUUAUAACGUUAAAGAACACAUUGUGUUGACACAUAGACAGAUAAUGAUACUCAUAGGCAUAUAUUAUUAAUCCUCUGCAAAAAAUGGAAAAUACUACUGCAGCUUACUUAUUGAGCAGUUGUGAGCGUCCUCUUCCUGUAUAUCCCUGUCUAUAUUGUACUGCCCCCCUGGUGGCCGAGGUGCACAUACGAGGAGCUGCACAACUAAUAAAUCAUGACA